AUGUGCAGAACAUUCACCAUCACCUACAUGCUCUGCCUACAUAUCCGAAUCGACCACCAACCCUGCAGGCACUCCCGCAGUUUCCUCGCCCUCUUCCUCUCCGCGUGUACCGACGACGUCAGCCAAAUCAACAUCAACGAUUUCUGCCUUGAGUGUCGCAAGUUCUGGGACGAGGAAGCCAUCUCUGAGACUGCGAGGAGGGAACUGGCGCAGGCGUUUAGGAUCGUUAAUGCGUAUCAUGGUGAGCUUACACCGAUGAAGGAUGGAAUUGGUGUGAUCACGUUUCGUGAACAAGGUGAGAUGGGUGAGCAGGUGAGUGAUAGGAAAAAUAUGCCGAGUGGACAUGAGAUGGAUGAUGAUGUGACGGCGGUGUGUAUGUUGAAUGCACAGUUUCAUUGGUUGGCUGCUGGUGAUGAGCCUGUUAAGCAGCAUAAAGGUAAUCCUGAGCAAAAUCUUGAGUCACUACCACCGCUGCCUCAAUCCAGACGAGGCUCCGAUGCAUCGACGUUGACAAUCUGGCCGUCAAAGUUAGAUGAGAUGCCAAUAUUCGAAAUAGAUGAGUUCGGCAACGAGCUUGAAGUGCAGCAUAUGACUGCACCGCCUGCAGCACAUCUGGUUGGACGUAGAUACACCUAUAUGGACCAGAUGGAGAUGAAGAAUCUCGAGGCACAAUUGCCCGGUGCGGUCGAUAAGAAUGGAUUUGAGACUCAGAGGGUUCUUCGACCCGCUGCCUCGAUAGCGAAUAAUCUUCCACAUCGGGGCUCUAGUGAGUUGGCGAAGCCGGAUCGUAGCUUUGCUGAGCCAUCGAGGUUGAGUGCUAACUUCUAA